AUGUCAGCCCCCAUGAUCCGAAGCUUUUGUAGACUUUGCUUGCGUAAUUUCAAAGCUACUUCAAAAUUACGAAAUGACAGUAACAGCAUGAAUAUACAACGAGCUCCGAAGUUGUAUUUAUGCAAACGGCGCUUUCACAUAUCAACAGGUCCACUCCACCAUGGUGAUUAUGAAAUGCAAGAUCCAAAGAGUGAGGAUGAAGUGGUAAAUAUUGUAUAUAUAACAAGGAGUGGGGAGAGGAUACCUGUACGGGGGAAGGUUGGAGAUAAUGCCAUGUACCUAGCUCACCGUUAUGGCAUUGAACUGGAGGGUGCUUGUGAAGCAUCACUGGCAUGUUCAACCUGUCAUGUUUAUGUACAUGAGGAUUAUGUAGACAGAUUACCUGAGCCAAAGGAAGAAGAAGACGACAUGUUAGACAUGGCAGUAUUUUUAAAAGAAAACUCCAGACUAGGUUGUCAGAUUAUACUAAAUAAAGAUCUAGAGGGGAUAGAGUUAGGUCUUCCACAAGCAACAAGGAAUUUCUACGUUGACGGCCACGUCCCACAACCUCACUGACACUGGGCUUCCUGGUCAUCAUCAUCCAAACAACUUGAGUGUCACACAGCCUUGAGGCCUAAAACGGAUCUCUGCUUGUUUACAUACAGGUGUACAUGCUCGCGUGCCUGUAGUUCUGCAGUGCUUAAAGUCUCCGCACAAACAGUAUGGUGUGUGAUGUCUGCCUCCAUGGACACUGUGAUUUCAACAUAUUAUUGAACACUAUUAUGUACCAUCAUGUAACAUUGUGACAGCAGGUCAUUGUCAGCUUCUAUUUUGUUAUCAGCAGUUGACAGUAGACUCUAUAUGUGACUGAAUAGUAUUUCUGCCUUGGGUUUGUGAUGUUGUGGGGGCAGGGGGUGGGGGAGAGGAGCUUAGCAUUCAGAGAAUUGAGUUCCAUGUAUCUGGUCAUGUAUAUUUUCUACCUCUAGUACAGUGAUGACAAAUUCUUUUUUUGAGUGUUUCAUUUCAUUUUUGGACAUCCUAUACAGCUUAUAAAUGGCAAUAGGCCAGGUUUAAAAAGUUGAAAAAGAAAUCCCUGAUUUUCAAUUUUUAACAAUAUCUUUUCAAUGAAGGAUGUGUGACGAGGAUUUAAUUACAAUUUUCAGGUUCAUUUUUUUUGUAUCUUAUCAUUUUUUAUGCUGUACACCAAACCAUCCAAUAGCUUGGGUAUAUGUAUAGUGUUGCCUCUUGCCGUCAUUCUAAAAUGAUUUAGUUUCCAUUCAUUUCCUCUUUGAUUGAUGAAGAUGUUGAACUGACAUAAAGUUGAAUAUUGGAUCAGCGUCUCUGGAGUUAUGGCACUUGAACUUUGAAAAUUUCAAGAAAUUUCUUAAUUUGUGACUGGUACAGGCAGUUAUGUUGCACCUAUAUAUUAACCAUUAGUUUUUUGAUUAAUCGCAUUUAAAUGGUUCACUUUCUUGCCGUGUUGAGCUGACCUAAUGAUUUUUAAUUUUUUUAAAGACAUGAAAGUUGUGGAGGAGGUCAAGCAGAGGAGGAUGUAAUGAUAUUAGUGAUAAAUGAUAUUAUUUCACCAGGGUUAAAUUGUUCAUAUCUUAUCAACCUUACUGAAAACUUCUCACAAAGUAUAAAUUCCUUGAAUCAAAUGUUCAAAUCAUUGAACUUCAAAGACAAAACUACAUCUUUGUAUACUUCUGAUUUUGCCUUAAUGACAAAAAGGUGAAAAAAUGCAAGUUUGGCUGUAUACAGUGAUUAAAUAGGUAUCAGACGAUGAAAAGGAAGAUAAAUUUAAUAUUUCCAUGUUGUCAAGUAGCAUUAUGAAAACUUGAAUUUUUUCUACUUGUUAGGAUAUUGGACUUUGAACAAUGAAACCCAGACCUGCAUCUCUUACAUGUAUGUGUUUGUGUGCCGAGUGGGUGAAGCAAAUCGUUGAUGUUGUGAGAUUUUGAUUGAUAUGGUUAGUGAAUAUGAUUAUAAUAUGCGUGUUUUGUUUGAUUGUAAGAACGUAAAUAAUUGUCAUCUUAAGACCUGAACUGACACUAGUUAUUAUAUUUUUAUUGCUUUUUACCACACUUUGAGGUUUGUUAAUAGUUCAGUUGGUUAGGACAUUUACCUGAGGUGACCAUCCAAGGUAUGUGGUUCAAUGUUCCUUACUCAUGAUAGUUUGUGUUUCUCAGGAAGCUGAGAAACUCACCAGUCCUGCUAUCAUGGCCUUGACCUUGGGCUGGACAUGUUGCACUAAUUGCUGUUGACGAGAUGUAAUGGGCCUCCCAUAUGUUGUUCAGUAAUAUAGCCACCUGGUACUUCAAGGAGUCCUCACAUGGUAAUAUACCCAGCAAACCAAAUACACUUUGAUUGGAUUGUGGCACUUAUCUUUUAAUAAGCCGAGGGCCUCAAUCAGCACUUAACCUUUAACUCAAAAUAGGGAGGUCAGUUUACCACAGAAUCACUCAUAUCUGAUAGAACUACUAUAGAUAUUGUUGGACAAAUUACCAGGAAUGGGUUUAUCAAGCAGAAAAAACAAGUUUUGCUGGAUUUUUGGAAACAAUCGUUUUUCAGAGAUAAUGAUUAGAAGUACUACAUCAGUACUUUACAUAUAAUGUACAGUCUUUUCAUGGAAUGUUAAUAAAUGCAUGAAAAAUAGGGUUUUAUCUAUAAAUAGCAACUAUCAACAACUGGAUUAAAUAUUCUCAUUAUAUAAUAAGUUUUGAAAUUUGAAUUUUUCAUGGAGAGUGAAUCGUUAUGUUUAAUGUUUUAUUUGUAUAUUGUAUAUCAGUAUUAAAUACAAGCAUGAGAGAAGAUAUUUAAUUCUCUUUGUUCAUUUUACAAAUUAAAAUUUCUCUACAUAAGUGGUAUCAUGCUCGAUCAUAUAUAACAUGUAUAUUGGUGGUGUUAAACCAUGUAAGGGUAAGAUUCACCACCUGGCUUUUUUGUGUGCUGUAUAUUUGUUACUUUAUCAGAGACCAAGUUUUCCAUGGUCAACAAGAAGUUUGAUAAUUAUCACUACAUUCUUGGUGCUUUUACACGGAUGAUUUUUUUCUGCCACUCAUGGUUUUCAGCGAGACCUGUCCAAUUGGGAGCUUAUAUGUAGGCCAUCAUCCCAUCUGAUGUGAACCCAGAAUAUUCUUACAUCCUGUUUAAUCUGACUCCCGAGUAUUCUGACACACUUUGAUCUGACACUUUGGUACUCUGACAGUGUCUGAUUUGAACUCAAGGGUAUUCCAAAUUUCUAUUCAAUAUGACCCCUGAGUAUUCUGACAUCCCGUCUGAUCCGAAUCCCAGGGUAUUCUGACAUCCCGUCUGAUCUGAAUCCCAGGGUAUUCUGACAUCCCGUCUGAUCUGACCCCUAAGUAGUUAGACUUCCCCUUUACCUGAUAUGAAUCUGAAGAUGAUUUUUUUUCAUUGAGAAUUGCUAUACAAUAUCCUGUGCCAUUGGAUAGCUUGUCUUAAAUAAAUUCAUAAUUUCUCUUUUUGAUGAAAGUUAGCCGAUGACCUGUAUAUUUUAUUAUCUGUAAUCAGACCAAUAUCAAUGCAGGAUUCUACAUGAUGUCAUCAUCUAAGACAGGUGACUGAAUUGUGAUGUGUUUAACCAGUUUUUAUUUGUUGUUAAAUCACCAUAGUUAUACAUGUAUUAAACAAAUAAAGCUACAAAUGUUAAA